GGUUUGUGAACUGCACCACAUUUAAUGAGCACCAAAACAAAAAGUGUAUGCAUGGGUAAAUAAGUACAUGACAUACUGUACAUUACAAUGGAUUGUGAUGCAAAUAUGUGAGCAUAGAGUGGUGUGUGUAGAGUGUGUGGAGUUUUUCAAUAUACAUUCCAGAUGAUACAUCCAUCGUUUAAAACAUAUAGGUAGCAAUACACAUUUAUCUCAUAAUCCUAUUACCUUCUGUCUAUGCUCUAUCUUCCCCACUCCCUAUAUUCCAUUAUCAUGCCAAAAAUAUAAAGCCACAUCAUUAUCUUCCAUGGUACCUCUGCUGUGAAUAAAAUGAUUUAAAAAAAACACAGCUAUUAACCGACAGUUUGAUUCCAUGAAAUAAAGCUUCACAAGCUAAAAACACUCCCUGAAUCUCUAGCUGUUAUAUGAAAUAGACAAACAAUCUUCAUUAAAAAAAUUUAAAAAAAACUUGUGUUGUAAACCACUCCCACUCUAGCACACUCUUGGAGGCUUGGCCAAAAGCGUGCAAAGACUAUAAGAGAGGUAACGUCCAGGUGGAGCAUGACACAGGUGAGGCAUUCAGAUUUUCAUGUCUCCACCCGCUACUACCUGAGGAUACUACUUUGCUGUACCAGACACAGGAGCAUACACCUCUGACUUCACAAAAAUAUCCUUUAAGUAUGCUGGCAGAAAUGGAGACGAUGGCUUAUGUGACUGAGAUCAGGCUGAGUGGAGGUCGGGGGGCCUGGAGCGGAGUGGCUCCCUCCUCCUGCCCUGAGGUGGAUCUGGAGGUCAUCGAGGAGUACCUGCAGGAGCACUCACUGGAGGUCCAGCCUGCACACACACCGUCAUCACCUCCGACCACCAUGGGGCAACAAACUCACACACACUCCCACCAAGGCACCAGGAUCAUAGAGAACAGCUGGUCAGGCCAGCAUCCGUAUGAGUGGCACUGUGGCUCUCACACUCCUAACGAGGAAUAUGAAGAGCAAGCCCUGCCUUCAGCCUGGCCUAGUCCCCAUGACAACCAAUGGAACCGCAUUGCGUAUUACGAGGCACCUGCAUACAUUGACUCAGACUCGCUGUCCAGUAGCUCCCAGUACCAGGAAUACCAAGAUUCCCCAUCACCGUCAUCUGACAGGGGAUGCAGGAAGGACAGAGACUCCCUGCCUCUUGUCCCACUUUCAGGAAAGAGGAAGGAGCGGUUGUUCCAGUUCCUGUUCGAGAUGCUCCAGACUCCAUCGAUGCGGAGCUGCAUCUGGUGGGUCCAAUCCUCCUCUGGCACGUUCCAGUUCUCCUCCCAAAACAAGGAGCGCCUGGCGCAGCUGUGGGGCCGGCGAAAAGGUAAUCGCAAGACCAUGACCUACCAGAAGAUGGCACGGGCGCUGAGGAACUAUAACCGCAGCGGCGAGAUUCAGAAGGUGAAGCGGAAGCUCACCUACCGGUUCGAUGAGAAGACGCUGAGAGGCUUACAAGGAGACUCUAAUACAGUGUAGAAAGCAUGAUGAAGAGUGUACAUCAGCAAAGAAACAGACUAAGCACAAUGGAUAUUUAGAUGUUUUUCCCAUUAAUGUGCUAUCUGUUGAUUCUAAUACCAUGGCAUGUAGAAAACAAAUGAAUACUGAGUAUUUGAAAAGCCAGAAGAUAAAAACACUGUAGGUCAGACUGGCAUUCAAAAUUAUGUAAAUCUAAAAGGUUAUCACAUAAUAUCUACUUUAUAAGUAGAAUCUAUAUUGUUCUUAAAAUAACAGGUGUGGUUUUCUUUUUUUGUGAUUCUGUAUUGCAGAUAUGAAGCAGAUACAAGACCAUUUUAAAGACUUAAUUAGGUUGUGUGAACAAGCUCUGUUUGUGUAAAAAUAUCUUUUUUUAAGAUGAAAUUAAAAAUAUAUAUAUUUUCGGAAU